AGCAAGCCGCGCGCCAAGGCCUCUGGCGGGACUGGAGCUGCCGCGCUGGCCAAGAGCUACAAAGACCCUGUCAACUGUUGGUGUGGAUUGUGACGAUGGCGUCCUUCGUGACAGAAGUUCUAGCACACUCGGGUAGGCUGGAGAAGGAGGAUCUGGGCACUCGGAUCAGCCGCCUGACCCGGCAGGUGGAGGAGAUCAAGGGUGAGGUGUGCAAUAUGAUCAGCAAGAAGUACAGUGAAUUCCUGCCCAGCAUGCAGACUGCACAAGACUUGGUAACUCAGGUGCAUAAGCUAUCUGAUGACAUUGACCAACUGAAAUCCAGGAUAGAGAGUGAGGUACGCCGGGAUCUUCACGUAUCAACUGCUGAAUUUACAGAUUUGAAGCACCAGCUGCAAAGAGACUCAUUAGUCCUAAAUCUGCUUAAACAGCUACAGGAGUUUUCCACAGCUAUUGAAGACUAUAACUGUGCAAUAGCAGAGAAGAAGUACGUCACUGCUGCUAAGCAUCUGGAAGAGGCACAGAAAUGCUGGAAGUUAUUAAAAUCCAGGAAAUGUUUUGAUUUAAAACUGUUGAAAUCGCUCAGCAUGGAGCUCACAAUCCAGAAACAGAACAUCCUUUAUCACCUUGGAGAAGAGUGGCAGAAGCUGAUUGUGUGGAAGGUCCCACCAUCAAAAGAUACCAAUAGCUUGGAAUUUCACCUACAAACAGAACUUCAUUUAUGCACAGAACAAUCUCAGAAGGAGGAAAAGAGCCCUGCACUAUCUAUGAGUUCUGUUCUCUUGGCGUUUUCUAUUCUUGGGGAGCUAAACACCAAACUGAAGUCAUUUGGUAAAAUGCUACUGAAUUAUAUCCUUAAGCCUCUGGCAUCUUGUCCAUCCCUGCACGCUGUGGUAGAAAGCCAGCCACCUGUAGUUACCUUACGUUUUGAAUCUGUGACAACUAACUUGGAAUAUCCAUCACCAUCUGACGUUUUUGUAAAGAUCAAGCUGGUACUGGAAAUGCUUCAUAAACAGCUUCUAGAUUUACCUCUUGAUGCUGACCUAGAAAAUGAAAAACCCCCUCAGAUGGCAUUGGCCGAGAUGCUUGGUGACCUGAUCUGGGAGGACUUGUCAGAGUGCCUCAUUAAAAACUGUUUAGUUUAUUCUAUUCCCACAAAUAGCAGCAAGUUACAGCAGUAUGAAGAGAUCAUUCAGUCCACUGAAGAAUUUGAAAAUACCUUAAAGAAGAUGAGGUUUUUAAAAGGAGACACUACUGAUUUGCUGAAAUAUGCCCGUAAUAUCAAUUCUCAUUUUGCUAACAAGAAGUGCCAGGAUGUGAUUGUAGCAGCCAGAAACCUGAUGACCUCUGAAAUUCACAACACUGUGAAGAUUACUCCUGAUGCUAAGAUAAACCUGCCAGACUUACCCUGUACUGAGGAUGAUGAAAAGGUACAGAAAGUGUCAAAAGUUCCAUACGAUGAAGCUGGAAAAUUAAAGCCUGAAAAUCCGCUAGACCAACACUCAUUUUCUAUGCCAACGUGCCGCAUCAGUGAAUCUGUGCAGAAACUAAUGGAACUCGCCUAUCAGACUUUACUUGAAGCAACAACGAGUAGUGAUCAAUGUGCAGUUCAGCUCUUCUACUCAGUAAGGAAUAUCUUCCAUUUGUUCCAUGAUGUUGUACCAACAUAUCACAAGGAGAACCUUCAGAAACUGCCCCAGUUGGCUGCAAUUCACCACAACAACUGUAUGUACAUCGCUCACCACUUGCUGACGCUCGGGCAUCAGUUCACUUUACGCCUCGCCCCCAUUCUUUGUGAUGGCACUGCUACUUUUGUGGAUCUUGUACCUGGCUUCAGGAGGCUUGGGACAGAAUGUUUUUUGGCCCAGAUGCGAGCACAGAAAGGAGAACUUUUGGAGAGAUUAUCAAGUGCUCGGAACUUUUUAAACAUGGACGAUGAAGAGAAUUACUCUGCAGCAAACAAAGCAAUUCGGCAGGUACUGCACCAACUGAAGAGGCUUGGAAUUGUGUGGCAGGAUGUCUUGCCAGUGAAUAUAUAUUGCAAGGCCAUGGGGACUUUACUCAACACAGCAGUUUCUGAGAUCAUUGGCAGAAUCACUGCACUAGAGGAUAUCUCUACUGAAGAUGGUGAUAGAUUGUACUCCUUAUGCAAAACAGUGAUGGAUGAAGGACCCCAAGUGUUUGCACCUCUCUCUGAAGAAAAUAUGAAUAAGAAAUACCAAGAAGAGGUUCCAGUGUAUGUGCCAAAAUGGAUGUCUUUCAAAGAACUGAUGAUGAUGCUACAAGCCAGCCUGCAAGAAAUUGGGGAUCGGUGGGCAGAUGGAAAAGGACCCCUAGCAGCUGCGUUCUCCUCUAGUGAAGUAAAAGCUUUAAUUCGUUCCUUGUUCCAGAACACAGAAAGAAGAGCAGCUGCCCUCGCUAAGAUUAAAUAA